UAGCCUUUGCUCCAAAAUCCCAUGCACUCUUUGCGGGGAAGGACAGCCUUGGCUGGGGGGUUUAUGGUUUAUGGGGAGAGCAGAGUGGAUGGUGCUUAUGGGAAUACCUCUCCCCAGAUGCUCCUCCAAUCCCAAGCUCUUAUUAUCCUACAUGCAUAUUCAUAAGGGAUGGCCUCAGCCCUGCUCUGUAAAUGGGUCAGAAGCAGGAAAUAGAGGCCAGUGCAGGCAGCAAAGCCCAAGGGAUAGGAGACUCAAAGCCAGCACACAUCUGAGUCCUCAUGGAUGGGAGGAUGAUGAGAAGCAUGAGGCUGAGAGAGGAGGAGUCACCAGGAUCCAGCCACACAGCGUCCUGCCUCUGUGGCUCUGCCCCCUGCAUCCUGUGCAGCUGCUGCCCUGCCAGCCGCAACUCCACGGUGAGCCGCCUCAUCUUCACGUUCUUCCUCUUCCUGGGGGUGCUGGUGUCCAUCAUUAUGCUGAGCCCGGGCGUGGAGAGUCAGCUCUACAAGCUGCCCUGGGUAUGUGAGGAGGGGGCCGGGAUCCCCACCGCCUUGCAGGGCUACAUCGACUGUGGCUCCCUGCUGGGCUACCGCGCAGUCUACCGCAUGUGCUUCGCCACGGCAGCCUUUUUCUUCUUUUUCACCCUGCUCAUGCUCUGCGUGAGCAGCAGCCGGGACCCCCGGGCUGCCAUCCAGAACGGGUUUUGGUUCUUUAAGUUCCUGAUCUUCGUGGGCAUCACCGUGGGUGCCUUCUACAUCCCUGAUGGCUCCUUCUCCAACAUCUGGUUCUACUUUGGCGUCGUGGGCUCCUUCCUCUUUAUCCUCAUCCAGCUGGUGCUGCUCAUUGACUUCGCGCACUCCUGGAACCAGUUGUGGCUGGGCAAGGCUGAGGAGCGUGACUCUCGUGCCUGGUAUGCAGGCCUCUUCUUCUUCACCGUCCUCUUCUACUCGCUGUCGAUUACGGCUGUGGCGCUGAUGUUCAUCUACUACACCGAGCCCAGCACCUGCCACGAGGGCAAGAUCUUCAUAAGCCUCAACCUCACCCUCUGCGUCUGUGUGUCCAUUGCUGCUGUCCUGCCGAAGGUCCAGAACGCCCAGCCCAACUCGGGUCUGCUGCAGGCCUCGGUCGUCACACUCUACACCAUGUUUGUCACCUGGUUGGCCCUAUCCAGUGUCCCUGAACAGAAAUGCAACCCCCACCUGCCAACCCAGCUGGGCAAUGGGACGGUCCUGGCUGGCCCCGAGGGCUAUCAGACCCAGUGGUGGGAUGCCCCGAGCAUUGUGGGCCUCAUCAUCUUCCUUCUGUGCACCCUCUUCAUCAGUCUGCGCUCCUCAGACCAUCGGCAGGUGAACAGCCUGAUGCAGACCGAGGAGUGCCCACCCAUGCUACAGGCCACACAGCAGCAGCAGCAGCAGCUGGCAGCCUGUGAGGGCCCGGCCUUUGACAACGAGCAGGAUGGUGUCACCUACAGCUACUCCUUCUUCCACUUCUGCCUGGUGCUGGCCUCACUGCACAUCAUGAUGACGCUCACCAACUGGUACAAGCCCGGUGAGACCCAGAAGAUGAUUAGCACAUGGACCGCUGUGUGGGUGAAGAUCUGCGCCAGCUGGGCAGGGCUGCUCCUCUACCUGUGGACCCUGGUAGCGCCGCUCCUCAUGCCCAACCGCGACUUCAGCUGAGGCAGCCCCCACAACCUGCCACCUGGUGCCUCCUACCACCUGGUGCCUCUGGGCUCAGAGAUAGCCAUCCUGUCCCCUACCCAUACCCAUCAGCCAGGCUGAGCCUCCACCCCUGCCCCAGCUCCAGGACCUGCCUCUGAGCCAGGCCCUCUAGUCUUAGUGCCUUCAGGGUCUGCGGAGCAUCAGGCUCCUGCUGAGCCCCACACUCCUGCCGAGCCCCACCCUCCCACCACCCACAGGGUGGAGCUGCCUCUUCCUUCCCCUCCUCCCUGUUACCCAUACUCAGCGUCUUGAGAUGAAAGGGCUCCCUCAUCCUCAGGCUCCCUUGUCCUCAGUUCCAUGGGAGCAGGGCUGCUGGAGAGAGCUGCUCAGAGCCGCUCAAGAACGGGGAGCUCCCACCACGAUGGGGCAUCCAGCACUGAGGUCCUGGGGGUCAUGUCCCCCAGGGCACCCUGCCCCUUCCUGGACUUCGUGCCUUACUGUGUCUCUAAGACUUUGCUAAUAAACAAGCCAGCUCAUGUACCA